GGCCAGAUCCGCCCUUCACUCUUUGUCUUCCGCCACCAUCGGUCGUUCGUCUGGCCAUACACAUGAAGACAUGGUGGAAUUGUCGCGUCACAAUCGUAGCCAGCCUUGGUGCAGCGUUAGCAAGUAGCCUCUCCGACAACGCACCCGCUGUGCCAUCAACCUCACUCGUAAACCUCCCGAGCACGGUGGUAGGCAACUGGUCCACAACCGUACCAGUAGUAGCACCGACAGCGUGCCCCCCACUGUUGUGCAAUGACACUAGCUCCAUCGAAUGUGUGAUUUCAUCUCCCAUCGAGUUCCCGUGUGUGAAUGCAGACCUGUACUGCGUUUGGGAGUCGGCAAAGGACGUCAUACUGCAGACGACAGUGGGCACGUCCGUGUACCCUCCGAAAUGCCGUGUGCAUUUGUCGUGGCUCGUCCACGGGUCGUUCCACAUGACCAGCAAUUCUUCCAUUUCGGUCACGUCGCUCGACUUGACGGCGUUGGAUCUGUUCAUGGACGACGCGAGUCUGCUCACGAUCGAAGAAAGUGUGGCGGUGAACGUGUCAAGGAAGUUUCGCCUCGAUCAGGACGCGACCAUCAUCUCUGGCGGGUCAUGGCCUGGCCAUUCAGGAGGGCAUGUGAAUGUGACCACGUCAUCGUUUAUCUUGCACGGGGAGAUCCGUGCUUCGGGUGGCGAAGGCAUCUGCAUCGAUGGCAAGUGCACGCCGGGCGGCAAUGGUGGCCUCGUCACGCUCUUGUACACGUCGGUGGCCACGGAAACAGGCAGCAUCGUCGUAUCUGGCGGCGCAAACCCGCUGGGAUCCGCCGCCGCUCCUUCCCGCGAUCUGACCGAACAUGAUGAUACCGACGAUGCGUUGUACUUCCCGUCCGACUGCUUGUCUGGCGCGGCAGGUCAAGUGCUUCGUAUCUUCGCCUCGAACAAGGGCGUCGUCGACGGGUACUUGGUCAUUAGCAACGGCUUCAACGGCCCGACUAGUAGUACUAGCCACCACACCCAACGGCGCUGUGCCGCGGUGGUGUUCGACACUGACAGCAUCGACCCGUCUGUGAAACGCGUCUUGAUCCAAGGCGAAUCACUCGUCCGGUUCGAAGGCUCGGCGUGGGGGCUCCACGGGGAUAGCGAGCUCAUCAUCGAAGAUGCCACCCUCGUCGGCAUGUCCAACUCGCCUCUGAGCAUCAUGGUCAAGCAGUUAGUCGUGCGGGGUACCAGCAUCCUGCACGCGUCCGCGGGGUUGCUCGUGUCUGCCGACAUUGUGUCGAUCGAUUAUGGCGCGACAGUGUCAUGGACGAACACGGCUACGUCCAUCUUCAAGGUGGCGGAUGGUGUCCAGAUCAGCGGAAAUAUCACGACCACCACCCUAUCACUCAAUGAUACAGACACCGCGGACGGCUACCUUGUCAUUCAGAGCGGGGGAAACCUCGUUGUGGAUGGCAUGAUUGCCACGUCAAGCUUGUUUGCCGCGUCCAGAACCAACAUGCUGCUCACUGGCGCCCGCAUUCAAACCCAUGGCAGGGCUACGCAGGCCAGUUUGACGUACCCGCCGUGCUCGGAUGCUGUGUACGCGAACCCGCAGCUGCUAAACUACUCGCUGGUGCUGGCGUCCCAAGGCUCGAUCGAUCUCGGCCAAUAUCCCAAGCCCACCUCCGUCACAGGCAGCUCAAUCUUACUAUGUAGUAACCAGUCCAUUCGAGUGGGCCACAAGUCUGUGGUGUCGUCUAGCGGGCUCGGGUUUUCUGCCAACCACGGCCUGGGGGCUGGCGACUGUACAACCAACGGCGGCGGCGGCGGCGGUGGCGGGUACGGCGGCGACGGAGGCGACUCGGUCCAACUGCUUCUGCAGAGCCACGCGGCGUCCACUGUCCACGCCGAUGGCGGCGUCGCGUACGGCUCUCGCUCCAGCACGGGGUUCCUCGGGUCUGGCGGCGGGUGCGUCGAUGGAGGAUCUGGCGGUGGUCUCGUGAUGCUCGGCGCGGUCCGCAUCGAAUUAAAUGGAAGUGUUAUGGCCAACGGGCAAAGCGGCCGCGCCGCGCGAUCCGGAGGCGGGUCGGGCGGGUACAUUGGGCUGACCAUUUCCAACGGAAUUGUGGGCUCGGGGCACCUGUCCGCGUCGGGGGGGAACGCCACGUGCAGCCAAGACGGCUUAUCGCACACGAAUCUGUCGAGUUGGAUCUGCGGGGGUGGCGGCGGCGGCGGUCGCCUGCGAUUGUUGGGGUGCCAGAACUUUAGCGACUGCACGACCAGCUUCUCGGGUACGUACUCGGUGGUGGGGGGGCGACCAGACAAGGUUAAGGCGCCAAUUGCGGGCAUCGGGACGUACUUUGGGUUUCCAUGUCCGCCAGGGUAUGGCGGGCUCAUGUGUCGAGUGUGCAGUGUCGGCACGUUCAAGCAGGAACGGGGGAGUUCCGAGUGUCUGGCAUGCACGAAUGGCCCUAGCAAUGCGCACUUUACUCUGAAUGGCUCGACGUCUUCGGAAUGUGUGUGGUCGUGCGACCCCGGGUACACGGGUAUCCACUGCUUGUCGCCAUUGGACGACUUUUUCGACAUGUUUGGCGGCAAAGUCGUGUUCCUGAUGGUCGCGGUCGGAACCCUGGGGGCGAUCGUGGCUAUGGGGUACCUAUGCAAACGGGACCCGUACACCCCCGACAAGUCGAAGGAUCACUUGCUCGUCCCGAAGCGGCCAUGGUACCAGCUCCGCCUCGCGCGCCUUGUGUGGCCUCGAGUAUCAUACCCAAAGUUGCAAGAGAAUGAGCUCAAGAUUCACAUGGCGCGCAUCUACUUGACGGGCAACAACACUCAGGAAGCCCCGCUGACGCUGCAUCCGGAUGUUCCCCGGGGCUUAGAACAGGUUUUGGACAAGGACAAGUACAAAAAUCUGGCCGACCACGUCAAUUCGAUCCUGGCCUUCUCCACUGGCGGCAGUGUGCUGUUCAAUAUCACGAGAUUUCUCUUCUACCCCCUCGCCACCGACGUGAUGCUGUUUCGCCGACACAAAAAGUUCAACGCGCUGAAGCGGUGGAUGUCCAAGUAUAACCACGAGUGCAUGCUGGGUCCGCGAUCCCGCGCCAUGGCCAACGCCAUCAAGCUGGGCUACUGUACCGACUACUCGCUUGCGUACAUUGAGCUCUUAUAUGUCGAGAAUAACCCGUCGAAUUGCAUGCCCCGCCAGUUGGUCGGCAAGCCGCGGUUGCCGCUGGUGCUGCUGUUUGCCGGCUUGGGCUCGUACGAGUCGCCAUUGUACUUGGACCCGAACGACUUGCUCGUGCGCAGCUUACCCCAGUCCCCAGAGCUCACGGCGUUCAUCGACGAAGCCUGGAUUGAAAUCAUUGCCGACCUCAAUGCGAUGCUGCGUGUGGUGAACCUCGCCGACAAGAGUCUGCGUGGCCUUAUUGACGUGGCCACGUUUUGCGAGCACAAAAAUGGACAUCAUCUGCGACAGAGUAACAGCUUCAAAACCACGCCCAGCUUGGGCGGGUUGCGCAUGCAGUUGGGGCGCUUCUUUCCUGGUGACAAGGACCACGACCGGUGGGGCCUGUUUGUCACGUGUGUGGGCAUUCAAACAAGCGUCCAGGUACGUGAAUUCAAGACGUAGUAGUAGUACUAGUAAUACUGUACGACUAGAUCCCGCCCGCCCAGGCCAACAUGACGAUUAUUGGCAUCCGGGAACAGGCACUCCUGGAAACCCCCAAUGUAUGGUCGCCCACCAAGCAGCAGUACUCUGGCUCGCGCGGCGGGUGGGACGCCGCGAUCGACGACACGCUGCCGAUUCCUGGCAUUUUGCUCAAUGCGGAAGCACUGGAAGAUCGACAGAGUCAUGUGGUGACAAGCAACCGCCGCGGCGUCCUUUGGCCCGCAUCGAUCGUGUGUCCAUCCAACGUGAUGAAGCCCGGAACUGUAUCGCAGUCGUGGCUAAUCUACAUGAGCAUCAUCGUGUCCAUUUUGCUCGACUUGGCCACGACGCUCGGCAUGCUCGUGAACCUCAAGUGCGUCAAGAAUGGCACAGAAGUGCGCGCGUGCACCAACAGUGUGCUGUGGCCCGUGCUGUUGAUAUACCCCUUGGCCAUUGUGUUUGCCCCUGUGACAGGCCUCGUGACGCUUGCCACGUCAUCGCCCACCUUUGGCCGCAAAUAUGGCCUCUGGAAUGCCUGUUCCCUUGUCAAUAUUGCCGUGGCGAUUAUCAUUUGUUAUGCCAAGUCGGACAUGCUCGUGGCGCCGUACGUCACACGUCCGCUGCCGCUCUUCCCCGCCGCCGCCCUCGUCUUCAAGCUCGUGCAAGUGGCACUGGUCGACUAUUACAUUGCCGACAUGGAGUCGACGCGCCGACGCCGCGGGUGGCGUGGCCUCAUGAAACGGCGCGACUCGGACUCGAGCACCCCCCCGACCUCCCCCUAGUACGUACUAGUACUACUACUACAAGUCUUACUAGAUGUUGGCGACGAUGAUGAUUGAUGUGUGUUUGUGUGGGGUAGCAACUCGCCGAGCCGUCGCCUUCAUGAAUCAGUGCCGUUCAAACCAAUGGAAUCAUCCCGACGAGGCAGCAGCACGUUGCAUUAUGGAACGGGGUAGACGAUAAUAUAAUUGGAGGGAAAAAAGCAGUAUAUACGAUAUAUAUAUAUAUAUAUAUUUUUUUAUUUU